CCUCCAGUACAACACUGCAGGCAGACAUGGCGAAAUACAUGGCUAAAACUGUCCUGCUGCUGCUCUUCUGUCAGGGGAUCCACGCAGAUACUACAACUUCUCCAGAGUCUGAUCCUGUAGUUACAACUCGGAAAGCUGCACCCAAAGGUCAAGGUCAGGUCAUUAUUGAAGAGCUUGCAAUCCUGACACCCCAAUAUAUUGAGCUCUUAUGCAACCUCACCGAUAUACCAAACAACCCUCCAUACAUGACUGGCUAUUGGACUAAAGAUGGAAAAGAAAUCGAAAACUCUGAAGAAACUAUAAAUAGAAACAAUGCACAGUAUAUCCUUAAAAAGACUUUCAGCAUACAGGCCAGAGAUCUGGGAAAUUAUUCGUGUGUCUUCAGAGAAAAUGAUGCACGAGUGACGUUUGUUUUACAAGUUCCUGUGAUGAAGGACAAACGGGACAAGCCUGUGGUGAGCUACAUUGGAGAUUCAGUUGUACUGGUGUGUAAACUCAAACACAUGCCAAACACCUGGAACUGGUACAAGGCUAACAACACCGAAAAGGAGCUCAUCAAUGUUACCGCGGACCCUCUAAAGUACAAGAUCCUUCUGAAUGGAAAUGAAACCAAACUGACAGUGCUGAAUCUGACCGAGGCUCAGUCUGGAAAGUACAUCUGCAGUGCUGAGUUUGACAUUAAAGCCAGCGAGUCUCAGGUGGAGCUGAAGGUGCUGUCGUACACUGAGCCUCUCAAACCCUUCGUGGCCAUCGUGGCUGAAGUCCUGCUGCUCGUCACGCUCAUCUGUUUGUGGGAGAAAUGCAGCAAACCCAAACACAGCAGCUCUACUGCAGAUGAUGUGUACUCUGAACAAACCAGCAAACUCACUCAUGAUGAGAGCAAUGGAGUGGAAAACAACACAACAAGACAAAGAAAGCUGGAGCACUGAGAUCUCUUCUGUUUUCAGGAGCAGCACUGAACACAUUGCC